GCCGCGCUCGCCCACCCGAGCUCCCGCGCUCCCACCCCGCACUCUUUCCCCAGGUGGCGGCGACCGCGACACCGUCCACCUCCGCCGGAGCUCGCCGACGCCCUCCUCCCCGUCCCCAUCUCUCCCUCUGUCGGUGCGUCUAUCCCUACCGCCUCGCACAGCCGCCGGCCGCCGCACCACCUCCACCAGCCGUCACUCCUCCGCGGUUCGCAGCCUGCCUCCCGAACCCCAUCUCUCCCCGCCACGCCUCCCCCGUCCGCCAUCUCUUCCCUGUCGCCUCCCCAGACAGUUGCAGAACCCUCCCGAGCUUGUCCAGGCUUUAAUAUUUUCCUGGCUCCGGUACUGUACGUGAAGGAUGUUUGUUCUGAGCCAGAUCGAGCACAACCUGCCGAUGCCUCCGCACUUGCUGAAUCGCCCUCUCGUCGACGCCAUCAAGGCCGAACUCGAGAGGCUCUUCCUGGAUAAGGUGGUUGUAAAUCUCGGGCUCUGCGUGUCCGUCUAUGACAUCCUUGCCGUUGAAGGUGGAUUCAUCUUUCCAGGAGAGGGCUGCUCGACGUAUAAAGUUUCCUUUAGGUUAUUGAUGUUCAGGCCCUUUAUUGGGGAGGUUCUUGUUGGGAAGAUCAGCGGAUAUGAUGAGAAGGGUUUACAAGUUUCACUUGAUUUUUUCACCGAUAUAUGCAUCCCGGGACACUUGAUGCAGUUUGGCACAGUGAGGGGGGAAGAUGGUAGGUGGGCGUUGAAGACUGAAGAUGGUGAUGAACUUCAUCUUGACAUUGAUGAUGAGAUACGAUUCUUGGCGUCUAGCAUAAAAUACCCACCUAUACCAGUUGAGCAAAAGGAGGAUGACAAGCCAUUUGCUCCAAUGCAGAUCAAUGGAAGUAUUAAAGGAGAUGGUCUUGGCCUUCUUGCUUGGUGGGUGGCAGAAGAGGGCGAGGAAGAGGAAGAGGGUGAGGGCGAUGGUGACGGUGAGGAAGAGCAAGAGCAAUAGCAGCAAAGUUGUUUCUGGUAACUCUUUGUGUAACUAGAAAUUUAGACCAUAAGCUAGGUGGCAUGCUAGAAACUUGUAAUGGCUGUUAGGAAUUGAUGAUCUGCUGCUGCACAGUUUGUGGUAACACUAACAAGCAAGCAAGCAAAGAAGAAUGGUCAGAUUUUGAAGUGGAAAACAUAGGGCACUAUGAGACAUCUCAUCCUA